UCUCUCAAUUGAUUUCUUGUCUGAUGAGCUCUCUGAACAUUCAAUUAAUGGUCUGCACCACCAAAAGCACAGGCGCAACAGUCCACUGAACUAUUGCUUGGUCCCACAUAUAUAUAGUAUAGUCUAAUUGCACUUUCUUUGGACAAGCAGACAAGAUACUCUUUCAUGAACUUAAUCUUCGAAGUUGGAUAUCUGCAGAAAAAGGAUUAUAAAUACAGACCUGGGACUGGCUUUUCUUUGGACAGGAACCAGGAUGACUUCUUUUUUUCGAAGCGAGGAGAUGUGCCUGGCGCAACUGUUCUUCCAAACCGAGUCGGCCCACUACUGCAUCAACGAGCUUGGCCACCUAGGCCUUGUACAAUUCAAAGAUUUAAACCCUGGUACUGUGGCCUUUCAGAAGAGGUUUGUGAAUGAGGUGAAGAAAUGUGAAGAGAUGGAGAGAAUUGUUUGUUUCCUGGAGAAGGAGAUAGCGAUGACCAGCAUAGCUAUCCCCGCAAGCUGUGAGAUCGAGACGGUGCCUUGCCCCAGGGAUGUGUUGGAGCUGGAGUCGACCUUUGAGAAGCUUGAGCAAGAGCUGAAGGAGAUCAAUUCAAACUGCGAGGCCCUGAAACAGAACUUCACGGAGCUGAUGGAAAUGAACUACCUGCUGCACAUGACCGAAGACUUCUUUGAAGAGGCUGAGUCGCAACUGUCCUUCUCCGAGCUCGUCUCCGAGGACUCCGUGUCCGUGGUUACCUCGUCUCGCGUGACCAGUCGGCGGACGAGCACCGUCAGCGCCUGCGUCGGCGGGCCCUUAAAACUGGGGUUUGUGGCAGGGGUCAUCAAGCAGGAGCGUUUCCCUGCUUUUGAGAAGGUCCUGUGGCGCCUGUUUCACGGGAAUUUUGUCCUUCGACGCGCUGAAAUCCAGUUCCCAGAGGAUGAGCACGUGGCAGGGGAUGCCAUCAAGAAGGAUAUCUUCGUUGUGUUCAUGCAGGGAGACCAGUUCAAAGGGAAGAUAAAAAAGAUUUGUGAAGGGUUUCAUGCCAGUUUGUACCCAUGCCCGAACACUGUGAAUGCACGAAAGGAGAUGAGAAUCAAUGUUAACACGCGAAUUGACGAUCUUCGAAUGGUCUUGAAGAGGACAGAGGAAUACCGGGAGACCCUCCUGACUGCCGCAGCGGCUAAUCUCCACCGGUGGAGCAACACUGUGAAGAAAAUGAAGGCCAUUUAUUACACUCUCAAUCUCUGCAACAUAGACAUAACCCAGAAGCUUAUUGUCGCCGAGAUCUGGUGCCCAGUGUCUGACCUCAGCGUCGUUCACGGAGCGUUAAUUAAGGGAUCGGAGCAGAGUGGGUCCAGUCUGUGUCCAGUCCUGAACAGAAUACACACCCAACAAACUCCCCCAACGUUCAAUCGGAUUAACACCUUCACCUCUGGAUUUCAAGGCCUCAUCGACGCAUAUGGCGUGGGCAACUAUCAGGAGAUCAACCCAGCCCCUUACACCCUGGUGACGUUCCCUUUCCUGUUUGCUGUCAUGUUUGGGGACUGUGGCCACGGACUGGUCAUGAUGCUCCUUGCUCUCUGGAUCCUCGUGCAAGAGGAGAAGUUCCGAAAUCUGAAAAAUGAGCACCAAGGGUUGUCUUUCCCGCAGCUCGCCGAUGUCCUGGUCAACGGGAGAUACAUUGUUCUGCUCAUGGGUGCCUUCUCUGUCUACACCGGCCUCAUCUACAACGACUGCUUCUCCAAGUCCUUCAACCUUUUUGGCUCAGCCUGGAGCGUCAGCGCCAUGUUUGGACCCAGUGGACCGUGGACCAAUGAGACGCUACAUGGUUCUGGACAUCUUCAGCUGGACCCAGAGGUUCCCGGAGUCUACUCAGGCUGUCCGUUUCCAUUCGGCAUUGAUCCGAUUUGGAAUAUUGCAACAAAUAAGUUGACAUUCUUGAACUCUUACAAGAUGAAGAUGUCAGUCAUACUGGGAGUGGUCCACAUGAUCUUUGGGGUUACCCUGAGCCUGAUGAAUUACAUACAUUUUAGGACCAUCAGGAAUGUUCUGCUCCAGUUCAUUCCGGAGAUGGUCUUCAUGCUGGCCCUUUUCGGCUACCUGGUGUUUCUUAUCCUUUUCAAGUGGUGCGUGGUGAUGAAGUCAGACACAGCUCCUAGUAUCCUGCUCCUUUUCAUCAAUAUGAUGCUUUUUGCAUACGACACGCCUGAUGAUGCCUUGCUCUACAGUGGACAGAAGGAGGUACAGAUCUUUCUGGUCAUCACUGCCUUCCUCAUGGUACCCUGGCUGCUGCUGGUCAAGCCCCUACUUCUGUACAGAGACCACAAGGUUGGCAAACAGCAGGUUAGCAUGGGAGACAUAUUUGUGUACCAGGCCAUACACACCAUAGAGUACUGCCUGGGUUGUGUCUCCAACACCGCCUCCUACCUGCGCCUAUGGGCCCUCAGCCUGGCUCAUGCUGAGCUGUCGGAAGUGCUGUGGAAGAUGGUCCUCCAUGUUGCUCUGACAGUUACCUCAGGUCUGGGCUCUCUCCUGGUGGCGGCCAUAUUUGCUGCGUUUGCCAUCCUCACUGUCACUAUCCUCCUUGUCAUGGAAGGCCUGUCAGCCUUCCUCCAUGCCUUACGGCUGCACUGGGUGGAGUUCCAGAACAAGUUCUACAAAGGCUCGGGAUACAAGUUCACACCCCUGUCCUUUAGCAGUCUUGGGAACAAGUAAUGUUAAAACAUAUGAGAAAUAUGCAUUUGUUGUAGAAUUAUUUAGAAAGGAUCCUUUGUUAGUUAUUUAAUUUCCUGCUAUCUGCUAGCAGUGGUGCAAUGGCACGUGGGGCUCUCUAACGUCAAGCCAACAAACUGCUGCUGUAAUUUUGCUUGGUGUAACUUGGUGUAGCUGAA